GUGGAGCACCUGGUAGUCGACGGGGCUCUAAGUGGAGUUGCGUACAGGGAACUGACUAAACAGCAAUGCGGACGAAGAGGGACAAAAACAAGGGGAAUAGUCCCGUUUUUCUGUAACAACCCGGCGGAUCGGGGCUUUGCUUGGUCGUAAGGCAUGAUUUAACAGGGAUUAACGUUACGCCUCCAAGACCGCACAGAAAAGGACAUUAACAGGCUUGGAAGCAGCUCCGGGGCGGAUAUUUUCCCGACAAAAACCCUUACCCACAGUCGUAUUCCCAGCCGCGGUCGUGUGGAAUAGUCAGCUAAAAGAAUGAUUGCGUGAAUAUUUUUUUAUAUUGUCUCGUAGCGUUUUUUUUUUUUUGCCAGCAUCGCUUUUCGUUUUGUAGACUCGCUAUGGUGGACUCUCCUACCAUGAGGAAGACUUUUGUGGUCCCAGACAUAAAGCCGUUGGAUUUGUAUGACUCUACUAAAGCAAAAAUAUGCGCAAGUGUUGGAUGGCUAUUGGCGAAGUCCUACGGCAGUGCAGAGAAUGUCCCUGCAGAGCUGCGUGACCCCUUCUACUGCGACCAGUAUGAGCAGGAGCACCUUAAACCGCCAGUCACGCGCCUCCUGCAGUCCUCGGAGCUCUACUGCCGGACCUACAGCCUAUUAUUGGGGGGCACCGGAGCCGAGGCACAGCCCAAAGACAACGUCACCCUGCUGCAGCUCCUCACUCAGAGAGGCAUAGUCUCCAAAGACCAGGACACACCAGUUACUGAUGCAGACCUCCGACAUAAACCCAUCAAAAUGAGUGCUCACCUGGCAGUGAUAGAUGCCCUGAUGGCUGUGGGAGCCAUGGAGACGGUGACUGCGGUGAAGACAUGUGGUUCUGCUGAGCUACUGGGUGGAGCCUCCAGCUCGGAAGAUGCUCUGCUUCAUUGGGUUAAUGGAUUAAACCAGAAGUUAAGAGAAUGUACUGAAGAAGCCCAGAAUGAGCAGCCCAUUACAGAGCCCCAACCUGUUCAACCCUCUUGUCCUACUCGCUGGUACUGGAAACUUGUUCCUCUCCGCUACAGGAAGGAUAAAAUACAGUCCAAAUAUAAGCCCAUCUUUCCAGUGGUGAAUGAAAUCAAAGACCUGUCCAGUGGUUGUGCUGUUGCUGCAGUCAUACAUUACUAUUGUCCUGGCCUGCUAAGACUUGAAGAUGUUUGUAUGAAGGAGUCCAUGUCUGUAGCAGACAGCCUAUACAAUCUGCAAUUCAUCCAUGAAUUCUGUGACAGCUGUCUGAAGAGCUGCUGUCAUUUGUCACUGGAGGACAUGCUAUACACCCCACAGGAGCUUCAGCUCAACUUGCUGAGCUUCCUAGCAGAACUGCUUAACUGGUUUGAAGUACGGAGGCCAGAAUUUGUUCAGCCAAUAGACACGUUGGUUUUAGAUGGAUCCACACCAUUAACACCAAGUAGCUUGAGUGGCAACAGUACCUCCCCUUCUAUCUUCAAGAAGCCUUUCCUCCCUAUCUCCUCUCCUGCGUCAGGAUCUUUGACUCAGUCUACCUCAAUGUCUCAUAUAGAAGGAGUUGGAAAGACAUGGAGCAAGAAACCUCUCAGCCGCCCUUUGUCAGCAGUAUCCUUCAGCAUUCCUUUUGGCCUGGACAGUGAUGUGGACAUUGUGAUGGGCAACCCUGUGAUAACCCGCUCUGUGAGCUCAGACCAACUUAACCCAACAGGCCAAAACAUGACCCGGGUGCCCUACACCCCUCCUGAAGACCUCAGCCAUUUUCUAAGCAAACCCCCUGGCCCCAAUGGUCCACAGAGAGCUUCUUGGGCCACCCAGACUCCCAGUAUCCCAAGGUUGGCAGAGGAGAACGGCCUUGCGGCAAGUGAAACAGGAGAGCUGCCUACCAUUGAAGAGGCUCUACAAAUUAUCCACAACGAAAGCAAGAUGGAGCCUCGUUUACACCCUGAUGGUGCUCCUGAUGGCUUCUACCUCCACUCUCCUGAUGACCCUGCUAGUUCUCGACAUAACAACUUAGCACCCAUCAGCUUCUCUGCCCCUACGCGCUCAGGAAUGAUGUACCGGCCCACGGGAGAGUCCAGGGAGCCCACUCGCACUAGAAACACCUCUGAAUGUUCACGAGAUGAUGACUCGGUCUUGAGAGACGGCAGUGUGGACUCAGAUGCAUCAGAAGACCUGCCGAAGGCCCAGUCCACUCCAACCACACCAGCUGCCGGUGCACACUCUGCCAGAAGCAAUGGCAAAGAGGUGUCUGAUAGUGGUGUAAAGAUGACCAGUUUUGCAGAACGCAAAAAGAAGCAGAUCAUGGAAUCUCCCAAAGCCAGUGACCCCUCUUCUUCUCAGAUGACCAUGGGGGCACAAAAGUCUGAAGAAAGCCCCAGCAAGAGCCCACAACUCAAUAAUGAGAUGUCUGAGCUGGGAACACGGCUUGAAGAAAAGCGCAAGGCUAUCGAAGCGCAAAAGAAACGCAUUGAGGCCAUUUUUGCAAAGCACCGGCAAAGACUGGGGAAGAGUGCCUUUCUGCAGUUAAAGAAGGAGCAGCAUGAGGACGAAGGUGAGGGGGGAGGAGGGGAUGGCCAGGUCAGCACCUCAUCCACAGAAGAAGACCUCUCUCGCUUGACACUGGAAGAAAGGCUAGCUCGAAUGGAAGAGGAAGAACAGCAGGAACAAGAUGAACAGCGCCCCUCAGUGGCGGAUGUCAGUAAUGUCAAAGUAGGACUUCAGCUCAACAAACAGGCCAGUCAUUCCAAAGAAAGGGCAGGUACGCCAGGAGAGAAGGGCUCUGGGACUCCUGGUGAGAAAAUGGUAGCUCCACUAGGGGACUAUAACAAUGCUGUAUCCAAGCUGACUGCAGCUCUUAGCUCUCUGCAAAGUGACAUGCAGCGGCUGACCGAGCAGCAGAACCACCUAAUCAUGAAGAAACCUGUAGGUGCCAACAACAAAUCCUGGGUAAUUCCAGCCAGCCCUAAAACCCCCACCCCAACCGCUGCACGCAUGUCGCGUGAAUCUACCCGAGAUUUAAAUUCAGCCUCCUCCUCUCCCUCUCCAUCUCCAUCCCGCAAAAUCACAAACCACACCACUCCUCCUAAAUCCCCUAAAGUCCAUCGUAGAGCCCAAUCUGUGCCCCCUAAAAGUCCCAAACACCACCAACACAGUCGUCCCUUGGACAUUAAGGUCCCAACACUGUCAAGGAUUAUCGCCGCACCUAAAAACGUGGACCGCAUCCCCCAUCUUCGUCGUGUAAAUCCCUGGCAAUCCCAAGACCAGACUUUGUCCUCAUUCUCCAUUGGUGACUCUGACGGCCUAGAUGAGCUGCGCUCAUCUGGACCAACUCCUGUCCCCACGCCGAGAGUGAACCCUAUACCAACUCCUGCCUUGACUCCCCGUCCUGCUGCCGAUGAUGCAUUGUCAGAAGUAGGCUCCAAUGACGAUCAUAGUAUAUUUAGCAUGGACCUGGAGGCCGGGCCCUCACAUGGAACUUUGGCUCACAAGGAAGGGCUUGCACAUGGGGGCUGCAGCUCUGGUGCCCCAUCAGAGUGUUCCUUCGAGAGUGAUGUCCCUGCAGGGAUGUUAAAUGGCAAACGCAGUAGCCUGAUAGAGAUCUCGCUGUCUGCUCUGCGUGGAGAUGGGGAGGAGGAUGACCAAAUACCUGACGCUUUUUCUGACUCGAUGAGUGACCGGACAGAGCAAGAGGGGAAAGGAGGGGUUGGUUUCUUUUUCAAGGAUGAGAAGGAGCGACCGGAGGACGAAAUGGCCCAGCGAAGAGCAGCAUUGCUGGAGAAACAGCAGAAGAGAGCAGAAGAAAUGAAAAGACGCAAACUUGAGCAGGAAAAAGAAAAAGAAUCCAACAAGCCUCAGUGGAUGAACAUUGAGGGUUGGGGGAAUAAGAGUGAGGACAGACCCCAGACUCCAGGCACCCCUCCAGCAUCAUGCACCCCACCAGUCGAGGGGACUCCCCAGCGCAGAGGAGACUUCACUCGGCAGGAGUAUGAGAGGAGACAUCAGCUCAAGAUCAUGGAAGACUUGGACAAGGUGCUGAGGCAGAAACCCACCACGGUUCGUGGUUGCAAGAAGCAGAGACCCAAGACUGUGUUCAGAGAUGACUCCGUCCUCUCUCAUAGCCCUGCCAAGGGUUUCAUGGGCUCCAGGCUGAACAAGGUGUACUCCCAGUCAACCAUGAACCUUUCCUCCAUGGCUAAUGACUCUGGAAGCCUGAGUGUCAGGAAGUCCCCCAGCCGUUCACACUCUCCCUCUCGGCUAAUGUCACCAAGACGUACGAGUGCUCACAAUGGAGAGAAGGAUUGGGAGAAUGACUCCACUAUUUCCUCCCCUGCCUCAAUCCCAGAAUACACAGGACCAAAGCUGUACAAGGAGCCUAGCUUUAAGUCUAACAAGUUCAUCAUCCAUAAUGCUAUCACCCGCUGCUGCCUGGCUGGCAAGGUCAAUGAACCACAGAAAAACAAGAUUGUAGAGGAAAUGGAGACGAGCACAGCCAACCACUUCCUCAUCCUCUUCAGAGAUACCAGCUGUCAAUUCAGAGCAGUUUACACCAUGAACCCUGAAACUGAGGAGAUGGUACGGCUCACUGGCAUUGGCCCCCGGAUCAUCGCACCUGAGAUGGUUGAGUCCAUUUACAAGUACAGCUCUGACCGCAAGCAGUUCACUGUCAUCCCGUCCAAAACUAUGUCAAUGAGUGUUGACGCCUUCACCAUCCCUGGUCACUUUUGGCAAAAGCGCCCUGGAACUCCCAAGAAGCUUGGCACCCCCAAAUAAUGUCAGAUAUGGGUGAAGAUGGGUAAAUAUGUUACCUUUCAGGGAACCAACUCCCAACUUGACUCCUAUUGUCCUCUAUUUUGGACAGUGAGGCACUUGAGAGGCAUUACCCAGUUAAACUAGCAGUGGUUUUUGGCCAGUUAUCAACCUGGACCCCGAGAACAAUCCAGUCAGCUAUACAUGCCAAGAGAAAGGGCCAAUCACUCACUCAUUCAGCCAUGUAGUUACAGUUCUCUUGAGGGCUUCUGAUUAGCUCUGCCUAGUCUACCUAGAUUGUAAAAUAUAAUGUGACUGAUUCUGUUGGGAUGAAGAAUUAUCUUUCCCUUGCACCCUGCCUCCUCAUGCCUUGCCUUACCCUGUCCCUGGAGUCGUUUUUGCAACUCUUAGGUAAGAAAAAGAGGGGACAACCACACUGCCUUUGCCCACACAGCAGUAUUUUGGGCCAGAGUAGUUCCCGCCCCACUCAAUUAUGCUUGCUUUUCCUUUUGCUGCCUUUUCUUCUUCUUCCAGAGCUCACUCUCUCUCCAGUCUACUGAGACGAGUGGCUCAGCUCUCAGUUCUGAUAGGAGAUUUUGGCUGAAAAUGAUUAGCAGGUAACACUGCUCUCAUAUGAAUGUAGGGCACACACUAACCACUCAUUCCAUUCAAGGGUGUUUUCACUGGUUGGUCAGGACCAGAAAAUAGUGGGUGGUUCCUCUGGGCUGCACUGGUGGUGGCUACUGUGGUUGUCAAUGGACUUGAACACCUAAAAACUGCCUGUGCCCCCAAAGUUUGCGCUUUCCACUCCAUUCCAACUCCUUCAGCUGUAGACAUCUGGAUGUUUUUUUUUAUACUAUUUUGACAUGUUUUUUUGCUGGACAAAUCACUUCAGCCUUUGAGAGCUGAACAAAGAAUGAAAUCCAUGUGACUUUUUCCUCUUAACUUGCUUUCUCAUUUUCAAUGUGAUGAAUUGAGAUGUUAUCUGAGCUUAUCUUGAAAAACAAUACUGGAAACAUGAAGGAGGGCUUUACCAUUACUUGGAUACAGCUCUGUGUGAAAAUGAUAAUCAAUGCUGAUUUAAUAUAUACUGAAUGCUGAUUACUUUGAUUUUUUGGCAAUGAUUUGUAAAAAGUAAGUUGACCUUUGUAAGCUGCGAAUAAGCUAGCCUGCUGCUUAAGCAUUAGUGAGUUGUAUGUUUGAAAUAAGAAUGAGUGUAUAAUAAUGAAAAGAAAUUGUCAAACUGUAAACUUUUGUCUAGGGAUUAAUAAAUCCUUUAGGUCACUAGGAGUCUGUUUCCUAUUAUGAUUCUCUGUCUGAGGUCUCUGGAUGAAGGAUCAUUCUGGACUGUAACAGCCCUCAUCUUCCCCACAUCUCAAGAGACUCCUUUAUGUACAACUGGGGGAAUGUAAGAUGCUAAAAUAAAACACUUUUUUUGCCAGUGUGUCCAUGCUGUCAGGAAAAACACUUAACCCUGCAGUUGCUUGUGAUCAGGUUAAUAUCACCACAAAACCUGUGGGAAAUUGGCCUUCGCCCCCUCUUUUGCAGUCUUUAGCACUACAGCAGCUGCCAUCGUGCAGCUGUCUUCUUUCAAACCACUGGCUGCCUCCAACAAAUGUGUUGUGUGAAUGAGAUUCUAAUACAGAUGUGAAAAAAAUGUCCGGAGCAACAUUUAGGAAAAAAGAUGAUUGAUUAAAAGUGUGAGUGAUGGGAGUGCUUAUGGAAAUAGUGGAUGUUUAUUUAUGUGUUUGUAAAGAGUAGUAUGUGGUAGUUAAACACUAUAUUUUCAUUCUGUGCAAUUUUCCCCUAGAAAUCCACACAUCACCCGGAGGUGUAUUUAUUUGGUUUGCAUUAGAUGUUGCAUUUGAUGUUUAGUUUCUACUUAAGUCUUUUUUGGUUAAGGUGGUAAGUCUCUCAUUCAUUUCAUAGUUGUCAUAACAUUUAUGUUGUUUUCUUUCUCUUCUGUUAUCAAAUCUGUGCCAGCACAUUAUGUAUGAUCAUUUCAUAAAUUGACUAUCCUUGGCAACUGGACCAGACAAAUAAAAAAUCUUUUAAAAUCA